AUGAACGCCACCUGUCUCCGGCGGCCGAUCGGCUGCCUCAAGACGGUCCUCCGCCAGACGCGGCACCAGAGGUUUCUCACCCGUUCCAUGGCCACCACGCCUGCCACCGAGCCCCCGGCAUCAACACCCUCACCCUCGACACCCUCAACACCCUCCGUCAAGCCCUCCUACUUCGGGCCCCGCGACAAGCCCACCUUCGCAGUCUACCCACCACCGCCCUCGAUCCGCCAAACGCACAAGAACCCCCUGCCCGCCCUCGACGCCCAGCAGCGCAGCACCCUCGACCCCACGGGCGCGCGCACGCGGCUCUUCGACCCGGCGCGUCCGGACGCCGCAAAGGUCGGCGACGUGCUCAUGGUCACGACAAAGUCGGGCGAGCCCUUCUCGGGCGUGUGCAUGUCGAUCCGCCGCCGCGGCGUCGACACGGCCAUCCUGCUGCGCGGCCAGCUCAUGAAGGUCGGCGUCGAGAUGUGGUACAAAAUCUACUCACCCACCGUCAUCGGCAUCGACAUUGUCUGGCGCCGGCCCAAGCGCGCGCGCCGCGCGCGCCUGACGUACCUGCGCAAGCCCAAGCACGACAUGGGCAGCGUCGACCACCUCGUCUUUGCUUGGAAGAAGGAGAGGUACGGCAUGCGCAACAAGGGCAGGCAGCUCGGUACGAGGUUUUAG